AUGAAAAUGAUGACCAUCAAUGUAUCAUCUGUGGUCAUCAAUGUCAUGUUUUUCAUGGCGAUGUAUAUUGACCAUCACUGGUUCUUGUUGUGGUACAUUAUUGGGAACUCUAUCAAUACUUUUACUUUUGCUGCGAUCGACUAUUCAUUAACAUGUAAACCAGGCUACAGAAUAUCGAAAAUACAACGGUCUCCCAAACACAAUGGGAAAUUGGGCUCAUUGCUAACACAGUGUGAGCUUGUUGAACGAAAUAUACAAUUGGUUAAAUGUACUCGACUACAAAGUGUACCUCAGUGCUCCGGCAUACCGGAAGGUUGUUCCGGGCAGAUGUGGCUUGCAGGCUUCAAUCUCUAUGUUAUUGAAAAUUCCACAAAAGUUACGCUAUGGGAUCCAAUAUGCUGUACAUCAAAGAACAUAAGUAUAGAUGAAAAUGCUUGCAUAAAUGAUCGCCUUAAUCAACCGAAUGAAAAUUUCGAACAUGAAAUAGCCAGCGAUUUGGUUUACAGAGGGUUGCAGUGCUGGCAUCAAUACAAUGCUAAUAAUAAAUUAUUCGACAUGAUCUGGAAGAUGGAAAUUUGCCCUUUUAGUCCAAGCGUGGGAAAGUCACAAAGAUCGCAAGAUUGCCCGGAAUGCGAAUGUGAUUGUGGCAAAUCACAGUGCCCUGACACCAGUUAUCCGUUUAAACUGAUUCACAAACAUCCUGAAAAUCAGUCAUGUCAGUGUCGAUGCGAUUGCACUACUUUCUGCUAA